AUGGAUGAAUAUCAUCGGGCGACAAUAGCACUGCCACCGCAACAAACGUCACCGCCAUCAGCCCCAACAAGACCACAACACUCAUGUCGACAACAGCACUGCCACCGCAACAAACGUCACCGCCAUCAGCCCCAACAAGACCACAACACUCAUGUCGACAACAGCACUGCCACCGCAACAAACGUCACCGCCAUCAGCCCCAACAAGACCACAACACUCAUGUCGACAAUAGCACUGCCACCGCAACAAACGUCACCGCCAUCAGCCCCAACAAGACCACAACACUCAUGUCGACAACAGCACUGCCACCGCAACAAACGUCACCGCCAUCAGCCCCAACAAGACCACAACACUCAUGUCGACAACAGCACUGCCACCGCAACAAACGUCACCGCCAUCAGCCCCAACAAGACCACAACACUCAUGUCGACAACAGCACUGCCACCGCAACAAACGUCACCGCCAUCAGCCCCAACAAGACCACAACACUCAUGUCGACAACAGCACUGCCACCGCAACAAACGUCACCGCCAUCAGCCCCAACAAGACCACAACACUCAUGUCGACAACAGCACUGCCACCGCAACAAACGUCACCGCCAUCAGCCCCAACAAGACCACAACACUCAUGUCGACAACAGCACUGCCACCGCAACAAACGUCACCGCCAUCAGCCCCAACAAGACCACAACACUCAUGUCGACAACAGCACUGCCACCGAAACAAACGCCACCGCCAUCAGCCCCAACAAGACCACAACACUCAUGUCGACAACAGCACUGCCACCGCAACAAACGUCACCGCCAUCAGCCCCAACAAGACCACAACACUCAUGUCGACAACAGCACUGCCACCGCAACAAACGUCACCGCCAUCAGCCCCAACAAGACCACAACACUCAUGUCGACAACAGCACUGCCACCGAAACAAACGUCACCGCCAUCAGCCCCAACAAGACCACAACACUCAUGUCGACAACAGCACUGCCACCGAAACAAACGUCACCGCCAUCAGCCCCAACAAGACAACAACACUCAUGUCGACAACAGCACUGCCACAUCAACAAACGUCACCGCCAUCAGCCCCAACAAGACCACAACACUCAUGUCGACAACAGCACUGCCACCGCAACAAAUGUCACCGCCAUCAGCCCCAACAAGACCACAACACUCAUGUCGACAACAGCACUGCCACCGAAACAAACGUCACCGCCAUCAGCCCCAACAAGACCACAACACUCAUGUCGACAACAGCACUGCCACCGCAACAAACGUCACCGCCAUCAGCCCCAACAAGACCACAACACUCAUGUCGACAACAGCACUGCCACCGCAACAAACGUCACCGCCAUCAGCCCCAACAAGACCACAACACUCAUGUCGACAACAGCACUGCCACCGAAACAAACGUCACCGCCAUCAGCCCCAACAAGACCACAACACUCAUGUCGACAACAGCACUGCCACCGAAACAAACGUCACCGCCAUCAGCCCCAACAAGACCACAACACUCAUGUCGACAACAGCACUGCCACCGCAACAAACGUCACCGCCAUCAGCCCCAACAAGACCACAACACUCAUGUCGACAACAGCACUGCCACCGCAACAAACGUCACCGCCAUCAGCCCCAACAAGACCACAACACUCAUGUCGACAACAGCACUGCCACCGCAACAAACGUCACCGCCAUCAGCCCCAACAAGACCACAACACUCAUGUCGACAACAGCACUGCCACCGCAACAAACGUCACCGCCAUCAGCCCCAACAAGACCACAACACUCAUGUCGACAACAGCACUGCCACCGCAACAAACGUCACCGCCAUCAGCCCCAACAAGACCACAACACUCAUGUCGACAACAGCACUGCCACCGCAACAAACGUCACCGCCAUCAGCCCCAACAAGACCACAACACUCAUGUCGACAACAGCACUGCCACCGCAACAAACGUCACCGCCAUCAGCCCCAACAAGACCACAACACUCAUGUCGACAACAGCACUGCCACCGCAACAAACGUCACCGCCAUCAGCCCCAACAAGACCACAACACUCAUGUCGACAACAGCACUGCCACCGCAACAAACGUCACCGCCAUCAGCCCCAACAAGACCACAACACUCAUGUCGACAACAGCACUGCCACCGCAACAAACGUCACCGCCAUCAGCCCCAACAAGACCACAACACUCAUGUCGACAACAGCACUGCCACCGCAACAAACGUCACCGCCAUCAGCCCCAACAAGACCACAACACUCAUGUCGACAACAGCACUGCCACCGCAACAAACGUCACCGCCAUCAGCCCCAACAAGACCACAACACUCAUGUCGACAACAGCACUGCCACCGCAACAAACGUCACCGCCAUCAGCCCCAACAAGACCACAACACUCAUGUCGACAACAGCACUGCCACCGCAACAAACGUCACCGCCAUCAGCCCCAACAAGACCACAACACUCAUGUCGACAACAGCACUGCCACCGCAACAAACGUCACCGCCAUCAGCCCCAACAAGACCACAACACUCAUGUCGACAACAGCACUGCCACCGCAACAAACGUCACCGCCAUCAGCCCCAACAAGACCACAACACUCAUGUCGACAACAGCACUGCCACCGCAACAAACGUCACCGCCAUCAGCCCCAACAAGACCACAACACUCAUGUCGACAACAGCACUGCCACCGCAACAAACGUCACCGCCAUCAGCCCCAACAAGACCACAACACUCAUGUCGACAACAGCACUGCCACCGCAACAAACGUCACCGCCAUCAGCCCCAACAAGACCACAACACUCAUGUCGACAACAGCACUGCCACCGCAACAAACGUCACCGCCAUCAGCCCCAACAAGACCACAACACUCAUGUCGACAACAGCACUGCCACCGCAACAAACGUCACCGCCAUCAGCCCCAACAAGACCACAACACUCAUGUCGACAAUAG